GUCUCGGAGAUCUGCACAACGUUUUUGGGGAAGGAGGUUGUAAACUUAGGCACAGACAAGUGGCCAGACUUCACACACCUACCCAGUAUUUGCAAGACCGAUUUUAGGGCGGUUGAAAACUCAACCUUGAAUCCAGAUCCUCAGAACCAGUACGUUUCCGCAUUCUCUAUAUGGAAAAGUGAGAAACUAUCAUUACAGGACUGGUUUCUUCCCAGCAAUAAAAUCGAGCUUCGGAUGAAGACCACCUGGAAUGCCCCUAUUCUGUGGGAGGGGACUUUUAACAGGACCUAUUUGGAAGAGUAUUACAGGAACAAUCCCGUGACCAUCGGGCUGACUGUGUUCGCACUUGGGAAAUACCUGGAUAAGUAUUUGAAGAAGUUUCUGGCCACUGCAGAUAAACAUUUCAUGCCUGGCCAGAAAGUUAUCUACUACGUGAUGGUGGAUAACCACUCCAAACUCCCGUACAUUGAAUAUGGAACCAACCGCUUAUUAAAACCCCGGGUUGUUGCAAAAGAAGCCCGGUGGCAGGACAUCAGCAUGAUGCGCAUGAAGACUCUGGCACACAUGCUGCAGGACUUCAUCAAGGACGAGGUAGACUAUGUGUUCUGCAUGGACGUGGACAUGGACUUCCGCGCCCCCUACGGGGUGGAGACACUGGGGGAACUCGUGGGCCAGGCCCAAGCCUGGUUCAUGAAUUCACCCAAUACUGAGUUUACCUACGAGAGACGACCCGAAUCCAAAGCAUACAUUGAAAUGGGGCAGGGCGACUUCUACUAUCACGCGGCUGUGUUUGGGGGAACCCCGUCCCGGGUUUUGGAUCUAGUGAGAAGUUGCUACGCUGGUAUAAUGGAAGACAAGAAAAAUAACAUUGAGGCUGUGUGGCAUGAUGAAAGCCAUCUGAAUAAAUACUUUUUGGAACACAAGCCCACCUUGAUUUUAUCACCAGAGUACUGCUGGGAUUAUAAGAUACAUACAAAAAUGGAACAUGUCAAGUUGGCUUGGGCUGUGAAGGACUAUGCAGAAGUACGGGACAAUGUUUAACCAGCAAGGAACUAGAAUUGGGAACUGUUUAUGUCAUUGAGCUUUAAAAUCAGUUAUACCAAAGACACUUGCUGAUGAGCUGGUUGGAUUUCUCAUUGUAACAGGGUCUUGACACUUUUUGCUUUUUGCUUUCUGGACAUCAAACAGUGGAAAAUCAUCUCUCUGUGGAAUACCCAAAUGCCUUAUAAAUUGGGAGCAACUUGUCUGAAUCUGAUGAGAACAAACAUUUCUGAUAAAGAUUUAGUUCACAGUGACUUACCAACUCCCAGUAGAAACUUUAACUCUGAUUUCAAUGCUGGUUUGAAUUGGGAACAAUUGGAAAAGGGAUUGCCAUAAUCAGAUCUCCUGCAACUGUUUUCAAUGUCUUAGGUUUGAAAGGGAUAUUGGCACAUAGCAUAGGUGGGUGGGUGGGUUCAUGGUUUAUUUGCACUACUUUUAAGCACAUUUCCAGUCACUUUUUGUAAUGAAGGUUUGACUUGAGAUACAGCAAACACUUGUCAAGAAUAGAAGUCUGUUGUAGAGUUCUGGGUCUGUUUGACAGACCUGGUUGCUUAAUAACCUUGUAUUCUUGUUGUGCUCUAUCUAAAACAUACUAAGCAUACCAAAAGCACUGGCGUGUGAGUGUGUCUCAAGGAUGCAUUAAAGCAAGGGGUAAUGUGUUUGAUUUGGGCUUGUUUGUAACUGGUAGGGCUUGUGAGGGACUGGCAGUCUGAUUUCCAAAGCCUCAUCUCCUGUUUACCACAGCGUGUGACAGAGCAGAGCUGUUCUGGAACACCAAGGUGGAUCCGAGUGCUUUUAUGCUCUAAUAAAAAUGUAAUGUGAUUGGUGGAAUACAAUGCAUUUAGAAUUGUAAUAUAUUUUUAGACUGGAUUUCUUUUAUACUGGUUUGUUGUAAGGGUGUUGUAUGUUUUGAAUAGAAGAAUAAAUGGAUGAACCGUUGUUGGAAAUACUGAUAAA